AAAGCUAUACAGCCGAAUCUGUCCCUGAAAAAACUUCGCCGUCUCGCAUUUCGGCACGUACUAGUAACUCUAAACUUCUGGCCACGGUUGUAGCCAUGGAAGCGGCAAUUGACGAUGCCAUUGUGCAAACUCCACAAAUGAAUCCCCCGCCAGUCCCAAGUAGCGCCAAAGUUCCGAAUGAUAUAUUGCAAUCCAGUUGCAUUGAAACUUCAUUUGUAAGGCCACAACGUGCUGCCAAAUUGAAAUCAGAGAAGAACUUAAAGGGACCGAGACUUAACAAUACAUUACGUCGACCGAGCAGUUGCGAUACCAGUAGGGUGAAGUUAGAGCAUGAACAAUACCCUUCACAAAUGCAUCAAGUUGAUGAAGCAUCAGCAACUAACAGGGAUAGUACCAAGUCUACUGCGAGCGUCAGAUCUGAAGAUGGGGUGGUGGCCAUACCAAGUAAAGCUCCAUCCGUUUGUUUUUUACCUUUGUUAACUUUUUAUUUGAGCCCUAAUUGUUUUGUGUUUUUAUAAAGGGCUGCUGCAAUAAGGAGAACACGCGGAUGAAAGGUAUGACAUCUAAAAUUCUGAAGCGUCUAUUAGAGAAAGCAGACCACGAUUUCGUCUAUCAACAAACGCACCGGAAGCAAAUAAUCGUGAGUUUAAACCUUAUAAUUAUUAUUACUUUAACUAGUUCAUUUCGGGGUGGGGCUGUUCAAAGUCUGUACUCCGUUUAUGUAAUCUCCCCAAAAUAAAGCGGAUUGAAAACCAGCAAGCUUGAAUUUUGAUGAAUUUGGGAAAAAAAACAUAUCGUGCAUUUGUUAAACUUGCUAGUUUUCUACUGUUUGCUUCUUAUUCAGAGGCGGAG